AUGUCCGCAGCCAGUGAAGCCAGUAGCACGACCACCACUACCGCCACCACCAUGACAACCUUUUCCGCCCCGCUUCCUGCAACUAAAUCGCUGCCCACGAAUCAAUCAGCACUGGCGGCCUCCUUUACCAGUUUCCUGACGGUAUCUGUUCACCAAAUACUCUUUCUGCGAUCAGUCUAUCCCCGUGCUACAUUUCUACCGGUGCGGGCCUACAACUAUCCCGUUCGACAGUCCCGUCACCCCAAAGUAUGUGACUAUAUCAACGAUGCUUCCAUCGCGGUGGGGACGGAGAUCUUGAAGGGUACCAUCACGGCAGUGAGUAUCAUCAUCUCAUCUCUCCGUACCAAUCAGCCUCUUGAGCGAUAUGCCUUUGAUCUCUCCGGGUUCCCUCGUGUUCCAGCGGGAGACCAGAACACCACUUUUGAAGGGAGGAAGGAUGAACCAUCCACGUCAGGUCCCCCAGGAGGGCCCGCAUCCACCUCCGUCGAUCUCGAAGCCCAAUUCCGAGCUUGUCUGGCUCGACUUGCGUCUGCUUGUGCUCGUCUGACCCCUCUCCCCCGAGACGAUGAAUUCAGUUUCACCGUCUGUAUCGAGGUCCGAGAGGAUGCUCUCCCACCGGCUGGGACCACAAGCGAAGAGCAGGCCUGGAUAGUGGCCGAGCCGGGCAAGGUUCAUUUACGCUCCUGCACGGCCCCAUACUCAGUCUCCAAAGUCCGGAAUGGGGAAGCCCAGCAGCAGCCAGCACAUCCUGUCUCCAAUGGUCGGGCCAAGACAGUGCCUGUACGCCGGGUGGAAGCGGGAGAGCUUCGAUUGGAACUGUGGGUGGAAGAGGCACGUCAAAAGUUCAACGAGCCUGUGGAGUCGGAGCCGCACCCGUAA